AUGGCGACCCGGGAAAGUUUAAACAAACUUAAAAAAAAUUCCUUACAGCGGUUAGCAGAGGAGUUGGGAGUGGUUUUUGAAAAAAAGACAAAAGAGGAAAUAAUCAACUCCAUCUUAAACCUUAAUGUCCCUAUCCAUUUCGAGGGUAGUCCUUUAGAUACGCCCCAUUUUACCGAGGUACAGUAUGUAUCGUUAGAUGCGGAGGCGAUACCUGAUCUACCAUUCUCGGCGAUUGUCCGCUUUAUGGUCGAUCGCCAGGUACAAGGCCGUGCAGUCCAAAAUUUUCGUGGUCUAGAUCGUGCUGCAAAACAUUUUGAGGCAGGAGAUGUGAAGGAAAUCCUCAUGGCCAAGGUGAAUGACUCAACCAUAUACUUCAAGGCAUUCUGCCUUGCAUCUAUGAAGAAAAUUAAAUAUCAGAUUUUCAUAUCUGCUAGAUGUCUGGAGGGGGAAAUGACAAUUAACCAUGCUUACUGUCAGUGUCCUAUAGGGUUGGCUCAGUCAUGCAGUCACAUUGGGAGCCUUCUUUUUGCCCUUAAUUCUAUCAAGAAAGAAGCAGAAAAUUCCUGUACAUCAAAACUCUGUAAAUGGAAUGUGCCCAGACAACUGAAUCUUCCUGCAGCACCCUUAUCCGAGAUGAAUUUAAGAAAAGCAGGUUCAAUAGCAAGCGGUGGAGAUCAACCAAUUAAAAAAACUAUACAGUUUGAUCCAAGACACCCAGAUCACAGGGACACAGAUUUAAGUGCUCUCCAAGCAUUGAGGGAUGUUUUUCCCAACACAGGAAUGGCAUGUAUAUGGGAUAUUCCGGAAAGAACACCAACCCCAGUGAGUGAAGUAACAGUGACUUCUUACGUGAAUCCUCUAGAGACUGAUUUGCAAAAGUUGGUGGAUUUGUCUGAAUCUCUGCAUGCUAACAUUCUGCAACCAAUCAGUGAGGAGUUAUCGUCCUUUGUGGAGAUGAGAACCAGAUCACAGCGCAAUAGUCCAGAAUGGAUAUCACUCCAUAAGGGUCGCUUAACUUCCUCAAUCUUUGGAGACAUUAUCAGGGCAGGAGAACAUCCUAGGAGCCUCAUCUCUGGAAUUCUCCAUGGUUCCAGUCUUCAACGGUAA